CGCAUUUGUGACAUAUGACAAAGUUCUCUGUGAAAUACAAAUAUGCUAGUCUAAGGACAUGCUUAACAUCUUUAGAAUCAAUCAUUUAGGACAUCUUUCCAUGAAUAUCUUUGGUACUGAUGAUAAUGAGAUCAAUGGCAAUUACGAGGAAUAGUUUCAGUUAAACUGAAAACAAAAUCUGAAGGGGACAGACUCGAUACAACAAAAAAACCAAGGACAGGUCGGCCUAUCGAAGAGCACUAGGUUGAUCUAUUAAAAAGAACUAGGAUAGUUUGGUGGAAAAGCACUAGAAUAGGUUGGUUUAUCAAGUAUGUCGAUCAAAUGCAUAGUUUGGUCAAUUGAAUAGCAGUAGAAUAUCUUGGUUUAUCAAACAGUAUAUUGGUCAAGUGUUAGUAAAGCAGUUAGUACCGAUCAAGCGUUAGUAAAGUAGUUAGUCCUGAGUGGCCUGCUCUGUUCACUGCCAUUUCACAAAUUGGCAAAGUCAUAAUGUAUGACAUACACAUUCUCACCUACAUUUCACAUGCUGGCAAUAUAAUGUAUGACAUACACAUUUUUAUCUAUAUACACAUUUCAAGCAUUACCAAAACAUAAAAAAAUAAGAACUAAAAGUGAUAAAAGAGCUAAUCAAAACUAAAGCUGAAGUUCAAUACAUGUAGAAUUCAACUGUUUUAACAAAUUCUCCUUAAUUAAGAGCUGUGAUCAAGAUCAGAAAAACCAAACAGACAAGAAUCACUGAUGUCUUCUACUUCAGAACUGUUGCUUUGUUUGGGACUUAUGUCCUUUCUAUGACUUCUAAUACUUCUUUCACACAGAGCUGCAUGUGUAAACAUGUGCCAAGAUGCCUUUUUUUUCAGAAAGUAAAAGGGAUGUUCAGAAAAUCUAUGCACUCUUAUUAACUGUUCUCCUGUUCAGUCAUCCCCUGACCAGCACCUGUCGUUAGGGGGAGCACAUGGAUAGAGGCGGCCACUCUAGCCUAUGGUGGGCAAUAGUCAGCAGGUCCUGUACAGGACGACCUGUCCAGUCUUCGACCUUCGUAAGUCAGUUCUUUCUCUGAUACCUGCGGUGUGUACUACCUUCCAAGGUGCCUUGAAGAACAGUCUCCUACAGGGUGUCGUGCCAGGUCACACGACCAGCUUACGUCGCUUGACUGCUGAAAGUAGAAGUUCCUGGUGUCCUACGAGUGCGACCAUCUUGUUUUCUAUGAAGUCGUUGGUUCUGUGUUCUUUGUAUGAGAUCUGGAGCAGCCUCCUCAGGUACUUGUUCUUGAAUGCCUGGAUUCUCCUUUCUGUCUCAGCGAGCAGAGUCCACAUGUCACACCCAUAAAGCAGGAUCGGCACUAUCAGGGAUUUGUACAGCAUGUACUUAGUAGUGAACCUUAUCUUAUGGCUAUGCCAGAUUCUAGCCAUUGCUGCUGUUGCUGUUGUGAUCCUGAUGUGGAUAUCUGGCUUGGAGCUGCAGUCCUUGGAGAGGGUGGCUCUCAAGUACUCGAAGCUGCUGACCUCUUCCAGCUGUACCUCAUUUAAAGAACUCUAUGCUUUGCCGCAGCCAUUGACCAUCACUUUGCUCUUAUCAGUGCUGGUCUCCAUUUCAUAUGCAUUUGAACUGUCUGUCAGUCUGUCAAAGAAGUUUUAUAAUUCUUUGAUAGUGCCUGCUAACAGGUCUCUGUCAUCUGCAAAGUGUAUGUUGCAAGCCAGUCUUCCACCAGUGGAAACUGAAGUAUGAUGGUCAUGGAGAGCUUCAAACAUGUUCUCCAAGAAGGUAUUAAACAGCAGUUAAGGAAUGAACUCAAAGCUAUGAAAGUUUUGACCCAUUUACACACAUUAUACUUAUGCAAAAUUUAAAACAUAUUGCAUGUCGAUUAUAUUAGCAACAUGUUGCAGUUUGCAUGUGCAAAGGUGCUAGUGUGUUAAAUGAUUAGGGUUUAUAAAUUAUGUGUGGCUAUAUAAUCUGGUAAGUACAUGUUUGCCUAUAAUGUUUCUUUUAACUCCUUGCUCUUACCUGUGUGGGGUAAUGUCGACAUAAAAAGAAAAAUUGUAAGCUUGUUUACAAUCUCAGUUUUGCAUCCCAGUUACACAUGAAAAAUAAAGCAACAGCAACUUAGUUUGAAGAAAUGUAUGCUCCACAAUAAAAUAUACUUGUACAGACUUCAUUUUCAGCUACCUAAAUAUAACACAAAAAUUUCUUUAAUAAAUCUUCUAACUAGAAAAGUGGUUAUCAUACAGUCUUACAAAGUCUUUCUCAUACUGUAGAAAGGUAGCCAACUAACCUAGAGAAGGCCUUAGCCACAUAGUUCUAAGGGAACAGUUCAAGAAAAGUCAUCAAAGAAACAAAAAAAAGAACAUCUUAGUAUUUUUAUUCAGAAAAUUACCCUAAAUUCAUUGCCUAUUUCCUUGUAACAUCAGUUGUGUAAGAUAGAAUAGUCUAUUGGACAGACAUGUACGUAUGGCAUGUUUGCUAGGUAACAUGAGUCACAGCUAGGGUAGAAAGCAUCCUGAUUAGCCAGUAUUUAGGAAGACGUAGCCUUGAUAAGUAGCGGCUUCCCCAGGAAACACCAUCAUUCAGAAGAAAAUCUGAUGGCAGUGAACAACAGUUUAUUUCUUGCGCAGAAGGGGUGAGUUCGAGACAUUGAUCAACCUGAAUAGGCUUGGCUAGCAAGUUGUUUACUUUUACAGAUAAGAAGACAGUAGUUGGGUGUUUUGUAAUAGGGAAGAAUUGAUCAUCAUCCACCUUUCAUUGCUUCACCUUGUUACAGGUUCAUAAAGACAUAUAGACCCCAAGAAAGAAAUGGAUUGGAAGGUGAAGAAGCUGUGGAUGGAUCAAAGCGUAUGAAGUCCCCGUCAACUGGUGUUUUUAGUUCUGUUUCUGCUGUAAGUGUGGUCAGCGGAGAUAGGGAUGCACCUUUAAACUCGCCUUCCACACCUUCACACAUUAUUCACAAAGAACAUGUGGAUAAUCACGCCAAAGAUGCCUGUGAGGGUUGCAAGUCUGUCAGAACAGGUUAUGUAAGCCAUGAUGAUGAAGCUGAACUCAGUUACUUCAGCACCCAGCAGCCACACAUUCCGCAGAUCUUCAUGUUCAUGCGGCAAGCUUGUAUCCGUAGUCUCAGCUGUGAGGUGUGUCCAGGUCGGGAAGGACCUAUAUUUUUUGGUGAUGAACAAAAUGGAUAUGUCCUGAGUUACACAUUUUAUGUGAAGGACACUCAAGCUCGUGGUCUUCAGCGGUGGUACAGCAUUAUUGUCUUCAUGAUGGAUCGCAUCUAUCUCCUCAACUCCUGGCCAUUUCUUGUUCCACAGCUUCGCACCAUCAUUGAAGUACUUCAGAAGAAAGCACAAAAGGUGUGGAAAGAAGAGGUUGACAAAAAUCCUCAGGGAGUAAGUAGCAGGAUGGCAUUCACUCUUGACCCAGGCAAUUUUCUCAAACAGCGUGGCUGCAACAACAAGCCAGCCAGAUCUCUGGAUGAACUCACUGGGGACAAAAGCAUUUUCAAGAUGCUUCAUGUAGCAUUUGUUUGGACACUGAAAGCUUGUGGGAGCAGAAUCACAGAGACUCUUUUGGAGGGACCCCCGACAGAAGACUCCAUUAUUGAUAUGGAAAAGCAAGAGGAAACUGAGGAGGGCUUUAUUAAACUGUACUCCAGAAAAAUAUCUUCAGAAGCCAAACCCUCAGCAAGUGACUGUGUCUCAGGACAAUCAGAUGAGACUUGCAAGAAAGAGAUAUGGACAGCAUCUGGAGUGAAAAACUGGGCAGAAGGCAAUGUAAAAAAGCCAGUCAUCAGAAAUUUGAGGCAUCUUAAAAAGGUUCUAGGAACUGAGAGGUUCCAGAAACUUUGCCACCAUGUCGUCAUUGGGGACCAAAUCAUCGUAUGCUGUUCUGACAAAGCAGUGCUCUGUUCAGUUUUUGAUGCAUUAGAGGUGCUACUUCCUCGUGGCUGUUGUCGGAUUAUUUACCACAGCAAUGUCUAUGAGGAAUCAUAUAGGUGCAACUUCCUUGGACAGAAUCCUGGGAUAGUUUUACCAGAUCAUGUGCUAGCUGCUGAACGCUUUGUCAUUGUUGAAGUUCUUGAGCAAGAGGACUGGACCAGUGAUCCCCAAGACUCACAGAUGUCACAAGCUGAGGAUUUUGUUGGCUACAAGUUCAGUCUUCAUAGCUAUAUUCCCCUGCCAGAAAAAGCACCAACUGUUCUAUCAAAAAUGCUAAUGGCUUUAAGAAAUGAAAACCUGAGUGAGGAGGUGGUGUCACACUGUUUUGUCUGCUUGAAGGAGGAAUGGAUGAACAAAGUGAAGGUGCUGUUCAAGUUUACCAAGGCGGGAGGUGCACGUUCAGAGGAUGAAACACAGAAACUCAUGCAGGUCGUUGGGGCCAGAGAGGAAGACAAGCCUUUGUUAAAAUUUUGGAUGACAGGUCUUAGUGUUCAGUACCGUACACACAUCUUAGCUUCUUCAAAGCAGAGAUGAACAAGCAUAUGGGUGCUGGGUUUUUUGGGAUUUUUUUUAAGGCAAGUAGCACUGAUGUAAAGAAAAUUAAUGCUGACUGAGAGUGAACCUCAACAUGUAACAGAAGCAGAACAUACAAUAUUUAUUAUUCUGACUUCUAAGUUACUUUUUUCAUGACAAGAAACAAAGGUUAUCAAACACCAAGUGCUCAGCUAGCUAAUGUAAAAUGGUGAGGAAGAAGAUCUUCAUGUGGAUGUGUGGCAGUGAUGGGCACUAGGUGGCAGAGCCAAUAAAUGGGGCAGAAGGCAAAAAGGUUUGGAGGGUUAGGUGACUGGCUGGCUGCAAGUGCUUAAGCACACCAAGAGGACUGCAAGCACCAUGGAGGUGAUGUCUUCUCUAUGUGUUACCUAACCAUGCAAGUAUAUAAGUGCUGUAUAGCACACCUUGUUCAUUCAUAUUCCACAGCUGACCGUUCACAGCAAAACUCGCAUUCCAUUCAAGCCGUCAGUUGGGUUAAGCGCCUAACGUUCCACCUAGGAAGUGACUGGCAGUCAAGUUACAGAACUCUUGACGUCUGUAACUGGAAGCAGUCAUUUAAUAUGUGAGCAUAUGAGAUAGUGGCCAGAAGAAAGGCUGGGAGCACAGAAAUGAUUGGAAUGCAGAUGUAAAUAGACGUGUGUAUUUCAUUGUAAAUAUUAUAUAUAAGAGAUUUUCAGGUUGUCUCUCACUCUAUCAGCAGAUGACUGAUAGUUACUAAAAUAAAGAUAUGAUCAUCA